UGACUUCACCUUAUAGUCUAUUCGCCUUGCACCUUAUGCGAAUUCGCCUUGUAUCUGUGGUUUAUAUAUAAAUCACUCAUUGUUUUUCAAGUUUAAUUGCCGGUCAGAAGUUUAUUUUACCAAACAAAAUUGCAAUGUUUGCCAGUAAUUUAAUCAAAUGCCUUAAGAAUGCAGCUGUAACUAGUGGCAGAAAUAAUCUAUAUCAUAAUAAUAAGUGUAAUAUGAGCCAAAUGCUCGCCAAAGGGCGAUCAAAACAAUUACAUGAACCGCAACAGCAACAAAAGCUAGGCAAUUCCUUCACAACCUUGUGUCCUAAAACAGAUUUAAUAAAUAGGACACGCAUUUGCUUAGUACUCUUACCAUUGACGAGCGUUAGUUGCACAGCUCAUACUUCAACAACAACCAAUGUAAAAGCAACAGCAAUUACCGAUUCUGAAAUCAUGUCUGAGGAAGCUAAAAACGCAAAGAGCAUUUACGAUUUUACCGUCAAGGAUACCCAUGGCGAGGAUGUUUCUCUUGAAAAAUACAAGGGUAAUGUUGUACUUAUCGUGAACAUUGCUUCUCAAUGUGGUUUAACCAAAAACAAUUACAAAAAACUUACCGAUUUGCGUGAGAAAUAUGGUGACAAAGGUUUGAAGAUUUUAAAUUUCCCUUGUAAUCAAUUUGGCUCACAAAUGCCUGAAGCUGAUGGCGAAGCUAUGGUUUGUCAUUUACGUGAUGCUAAAGCUGACAUUGGAGAUGUUUUCCAAAAGAUUGAUGUAAACGGUUCGAAUGCCGCACCCUUAUAUCAAUAUUUGAAGGCCAAACAAACUGGCACUUUGGGCAGCGGUAUUAAGUGGAAUUUUACCAAAUUUUUGGUAAACAAGGAAGGUAUUCCUGUUAGCCGUUAUGCUCCUACCACCGAUCCCAUGGACAUUGCUAAAGAUAUUGAAAAGUUGCUUUAAAAUAAUCAAUAAAAUUUUUCAAUGCAUUUUAGCCUAAAUGACAAUGGCAACUUAAAAUUAUAUUCGUUAAAUUACUAAAGGACUAGGGGCAAUUUAAAAUUAUUGUCAUUAAUUUAUUCAAAGAUUUCACUCUUACUUGUUAUUUAUGUAUUACGUGUGUAGGUACUUUUCGGCUUUUUUAUGCUUAUGAUCGAAUCAGUUUUUAUUCAUUAUAAUUAUAUAUGUUUUAAUGCAUAUCAAAUAUGCAAUUUAUCUUUUGUAGACUUUUCAUAAUAAAGUUUGUUUUUUAUUCCAAAAAUAUCGUAAAAUA